AUGGAAUUAAUCUCUCUGUUUGGCGCUCUAGGAAACCGUUUCUGGGUCUUCAAGGACACGACUCUCCAGCCUUCGUACCCUCAGGACAUCUCGCUGUUCGGGAGCGGCAUGCCCACUCAGAGCAUCGAGACAGCCGUCUGGUGGGAGGACGUCGCCAAGACCUACUUCUUCAAAGGAGACAGGUACUGGAGGUACAAUGAGGACAUGAGGACCAUGGAUCCAGGUUAUCCCAAACCCAUCACCAUCUGGAAGGGCAUUCCCGACUCUCCACAGGGGGCCUUUGUGGAUAGGGCCAAUGAUUCUGUUGAGAGACAUCAGAAUAAGAAUCAGCUUAAUUGGCCAGGUUUUACCUACUUUUACAAGGGCAAGGACUACUGGAAGUUCAACAACCAGCUGCUCCGCGUGGAGCCCGGCUACCCGAGGUCCAUCCUGAGGGACUUUAUGGGCUGCGACGGGCUACCUGCAGACCCCGACUGGGACUGGAACCCCCCGGUGGCCGAGGAGCGCCACUACGACAACGGUGACGUGGACGUUGUCAUCAAAUUGGACAGCGCUGGGGGCACGGAGAAAGCCGUGGCCAUCGCCAUCCCCUGUGUCCUGGCGCUGUGCAUGAUGGUCCUCCUCUACACCGUUUUCCAGUUCAGGAGGAAGAGCACACAGCGCCACAUACUGUACUGCAAGCGCUCCAUGCAGGAGUGGGUCUGAGGGGCUGUUAUCACUCUGUAUAGAGAGGGGGUGUGAAGCUCUGAUAGAGGUCUAGCUAUUACUUGAAGCCCUAAGUACAGUAAUUGGAAGCACUGUAAAGGGUACAGUUCUUAAGGAUUGCCAUGUUGGCAGAUUUGAAAGCAGCUUGAACUCAUAACAAGCUGCAAGGAAGCGAAGCGAUCAGCAGAACUCAACUGAAGACAUUAAAGGAGCCACAUCUCCUGUUUCCAACUAAUAUGUAUGUAUCUGCUUUGACUUUUUUUCUGUAUCUUGGAAUGAACUAAAUUAAGUGAGACAGAGUUAAGCUACUGUAAGUGGGACCUUUGUCUAUCCUCGUCUCUGCACGUCGCUUAAAAAGCCCCUAGCACUAACUUCAGUGGACAAAUUAGAAAUAGGCUUUACUUUCAAUUCUUAAUUAAAGCGCUCUGAGCUGUGCUUUUUUUCUUUCAUUUAGUGUCCCCAUAAAAGAUUAUUCAUUGUGUGGAGGACUGAUACACAAACCAAAUAUGACCUUUUCUUCCAAAGAGGAUUACUGCUCAAUUUUGUUUUUGAUGGGAUGUUUUUUCCUCCAUUGAUCGAACAUUGUUGCAUCAUACUCCGAUUUUCUUUUAGCCAUCGGCAUUCACAUCCACUCGUCUGCUCUGUAAUCUGUGUCGAUGGGAAGCAGCAGUUAGUAAGAGCUUGGAACUCAAGACUGUUGUGGCAGUGUAUCUCCAAAAUGGGGGCCAAAAACCUCUCUGCAAUAUUUAUGAGACUGCCUUAAUCACAGAAUGCUUAAACUCCCUUCCCUUUCUCUCUGUUUCUCUGGUGUGGAAGCUGAAUAAUAAGUGACACAGUAGGAACACAAACAGUGCAUUCAUUGCUGCCCAUAAUGCAACUGCAAAACUAGAAGUAUAGGACAGUUUCAAUCCACACCCGGGUUCAUUACUCUUGAAAAUGUGCUAAGCAGUGCUAAAUACCUGAUGGCUAGCAGGCCAUCAGCUUUCAUUUACUGCUCCACCUGAGGGUAUGAGAGAGAAAGUGAAGGCUAGUUGUGUGUGUGUGAAACAGACAGUAAUUACCCACACUAUAAAUGUAAUGUAGUGUCAGUUAUCGAACAGUUACCAUCCUGCUUCCCUUUUUCCUGGCAAGUUUGGACGCUAAUACUCCAUACGGUGUCAGGCCAUGCAUUUUAAACAGCUUUCUUUUUCAACUUUUGUACAAGGUUUACAUUAUAUUUCACAGAGCACGCAGAGAGUUAGUGGAAGAAAGAGAACGUAUACACACAGUACGUUUCAUUAAUCACUGCAUAUGGUCAGUGCUUUUGCCCAGAUUGCUCCAUCUUCUCACUAAGUUAUUGCGAAUAGUUUCUGUGAAAAUGCAAAGUAAACAAAACAUUAAGAAGGAAACACACAUCUAAAACAAUAACAGGAUAUAAUCUGCAUAAAUAAAGACACUUAGGCAAAUUAUUGUCUGCAUUUUCGAGUUCAAUAAUAGAAUCAGGUUGUUCAAUGCACUGUAAACACAUUUACUAUUAUAACUAUUAACAACUUACUAAUAAAUGCUUAUAGAACUACUCUAACAUUGGAAUUAACAAAAACAGAACUAGCAAAACUAAGUCUGAUGACAAAUAUGUUACAUAUAUAUCGUGAUCUAUGAAUAUGCCUUUAGAUGACAUAUGUUUCAAACUGUUUAAUCAGCUGAUUAUGAGAACCAAUAAUAUAACAUUAAAAAGCAGACUCUCUUUCACGUGAGUUGGAGCAAAGGAUUUUUCCCCAUCCCCAUGUAUUGUAUGAUGAAUGCAAUACACAGCCUGGAUCCUAAUGAAAUACAUUGUCCUGCAAUUGCCUUUGAUUGUUGCCAUACAUGUAACAAUGUGGUUGUGUGGUGUAGCGUUUCUCAGAGUUCGCCGGAUGUCAGUGAGCAUUCAUGAUGUGAUUUUGUUUUCCUAUAAAUAUUCGUGCUUUGUUACUCUUUUACUUGAAAUGGUCAUCAACAUCAACUGUACAGGAUAUCCGACAUAAUCUUUAAUAUCAAGGCAAAGCUAUUUUAAUGCCAUAUCUCAGAAGAAAUUAAGAGAUUUUAACAUGUCUAUAAUCAAUGAAUUAUCUAAAGAAGGGUUAAGGGGUUGGAUCUUGAUUGAUGGGUUGAACCUUUAUUAGAUGUGGUUUUAUCUUGUCAUCGUUGGUAAGGGAUAAAAACUUUAAAACCUAUGGGCAAUGCAUGCCGUUGUAAAACUAAGAUGUCAUUCUUUCAUGGAUCAUUCAGACACUCUUCUUCUGUUCAGUCUCUCCCAUUGUGACUGAGCAGCACUGCAGGUUUCUGUUGGAUGCGUUGACACAUCCAAACUGUCAUCUUUUAUAAAAAACUAAAUGUGAAAUUACUAGCUUCCAACCGGUCCUCCCUGUUCCAAUCUUCAGUCGAUUGUCAAACUGAUGAAAGAAAAUGUACGCAGGCAGGAACAUCUUUCCUAAAGCAGUGCUGAAUUGCAGCACGAAUCACACCAUGUUGAUCUACGACCCACUGUAAUUUAAGGCGGAAGAAAAACCCUCGGCUCAGUGUUGUGUGUGAUGUCUUAUCAGUUUUGUGUGUUUGUGGUGAGGCUCUGAUGGCUCCAGCGAGAGUGAAUUAAAGAUGGCCACUGAUGCGAGUCGGUACUGUAUUUAUUGCCGUAUUUAUUCCUCUGUGCUCAGCACCACAGAUCUUGCAUUGCAUUGUACUGAGGACAAGAAGUGGGUUUGAAAUGACACGUUUUUUUUCUACCACUCCCAUGUAAUUGUCCACCUUCUGUUACUGCCUAAGCAACAAAUGAUCUGCAGCGUAGGUUUUUUCCAAUCUUUGAAAGGUAAAUCACAAACUUGAAAAGGUUACAUAUACGAAAUGCUCUUUUUAACACCUGAAUCACUUGAAUAACUUGACAUUUUAGAUGUGAAUUAAGUGCAAGGUGGAAGUGUCAAUGCUCUGACCUGUCCCUGUUUAUCUUCAGACUCCUCCAAGGUUUUUUUUUGUCUGCCUUGACACACUGCAUAGCAUUCAACUAAUUUAAAGUGUUAAAGGAAGUAGAUGAGACUGAUUAGACAGCAGUCGAUACAUCAGAGAGACAAGGGUACGGACGAGACAGGGGACAUUUUGCAAUCAUUUGCCGUCACAAUCUUGUAUACAUGAAGUAUAUAUAUCCGCAAGGCAUAGUGUAU